AUGACGGAGAGACUGCGGAUCCUUGUGGUUGGCUCCGGCGGGCGAGAACAUGCUCUUGCCUGGAAGCUGGCCAGGUCACCCUCGGUCGAUGUGGUCCACGUCGCUCCCGGUAACGGAGGCACAGAGGCCGACAACAUCGUCAAUGUGCACAUCUGCGCCAACGACUUCACAGAGCUCGUUGCUCAUGCAAGAAAGCAUGGUCUCAAUUUGGUAGUUGUCGGCCCCGAGGCGCCUCUGGUCGCCGGUAUUGAGCAGUUCUUCAGAGCCGUGGGCAUCCGAUGCUUCGGCCCCAGCAAGGCGGCGGCAAGAAUGGAGGGAUCCAAGGCCUUCUCCAAGGAUUUCAUGCUGCGUCACGGAAUCCCGACGGCAGCAUUUCGGAAUUUCAGCGACUACGCCUCUGCACGCGAAUACCUGGACUCAGUCAACCACGAUGUCGUGAUCAAGGCCGAUGGGCUUGCCGCCGGAAAGGGCGUCAUUAUUCCGAAGACGAAACAAGAGGCACACGACGCCCUGAAAAUGAUCAUGGUGGACCGAGAAUUUGGCUCAGCCGGCUCGCAGGUCGUGAUUGAGGAGUUUCUAGAGGGCGAGGAGUUGAGCGUUCUCUCUUUCAGUGACGGUUACACCAUCCGGUCGCUGCCGCCUGCUCAAGACCACAAGCGUGUUUUUGAUGGCGAUCAAGGCCCCAACACAGGAGGUAUGGGUUGCUACGCGCCCACAAGAGUUGCGUCAAAGGAGCUCAUUGCACAGAUUGACCGCGAAAUCGUUCAGCCCACGGUCGACUGUAUGCGGCGUGAGGGCAUGCCCUUCGUUGGUAUGCUCUUCACUGGCUUGAUGAUCACUAAGAAAGGGCCCAAAGUCCUAGAAUACAAUGUCAGAGGAGGAGACCCGGAAACGCAAACUUUACUGCCUCUGCUGAGUGACGACACUGAUCUGGCGAAAGUCAUGCUGGCAUGUACGGAACAUUGGUUGGAUGGCGUCGAACUCAAGAUUGAAUCCAAAUUCGCGGCUACGGUGGUCGCAUGCGCUGAAGGCUACCCUGGUCCUUAUGCGAAAAACAGACCCAUCUCAGUACAGCAAGCUCCUGAUGAUACAUUCAUCUUCCACGCCGGUACGGUCAAGGACGGAAAGCAAAUCAUUUCGACUGGGGGCCGGGUGAUCGGAUCGACCUCAACUGCGGAUACGUUGGAAGAGGCGGUGGCCAAAGCGUACAAGGGGAUGGAGUGCAUCAAAUUCAAUGGGAUGCAUUUUAGAAAAGACAUUGGUCACCGGGCAUUCAAGCGAAAGGCGCAGGAGAAAGGUCCAGAAGAGGCUGUCAUGACCUAUGCGUCGGCAGGAGUGUCUAUUGAUGCAGGGAACAGCCUCGUGUCCCGGAUCAAGCCUGCGGUAAAGGCGACCGCGAGACCCGGGGCUGAGGCCGUCAUCGGUGGCUUUGGCGGAGCCUUUGACCUUGCGAAAGCGGGCUACCACGAGAAGUCUCCCAUCGUCAUUGGAGCAAUUGACGGAGUCGGCACAAAACUCAAAAUCGCCCAUGCGAUGAAUGUUCACGACACCGUCGGCAUCGACUUGGUGGCCAUGAACGUGAACGAUCUUGUUGUGCAGGGAGCAGAGCCACUUAUGUUCCUCGACUGCUACACUUGCAGUAUCCUGGAUGUGGACAUUGCCAGUGACUUCAUUCGCGGCGUCUGCGAGGGCUGUAAGAUUGCCAACUGCGCUCUGGUUGGAGGAGAGACUGCUGAAAUGCCAGGUCUCUUGAGUGGGACCGAGUACGACGCAGUUGGUGCCGCUCUGGGAGCGAUCGAUACUCCUGCUGGGAAGAGAAUACUGCCUGACAUAGAAAGCAUGGUUGAAGGUGAUGUGCUACUUGGUCUGGCAUCAAGCGGAAUCCACUCGAACGGCUUCUCCCUGGUCCGGCGCAUUGUGGAGAAGAUGCAUCUGGCGUUGUCAGAUAUUGCGCCGUGGAACUCUGAAACCACGGUAGGAAGAUCGCUGCUUACGCCGACCCGGAUUUAUGUGGUUUCUUUGUUGCAGGCUGUCAAGCGAGACUUGGUCAAAGGCAUGGCGCAUAUCACGGGCGGUGGGCUCCUGGAAAAUGUUCCCAGAAUGCUUCCCGACCAUCUUGCCGCCGAGAUCGACGUUGCUACCUGGAGCCGCCCUGGUGUGUUCAAGUGGCUUCAAGAAGCAGGCAAUGUCAGCAACGAAGAGAUGAGUCGGACCUUCAACAACGGGAUAGGCAUGGUCCUUGUCGUAUCUGAUGUUGCGUCCGGAGAGGUGAGGAAAAUUCUCGAAGCCCAGGGCGAAACCGUCUACAAGAUCGGUAAGCUGGUGGAGAGAAAACCAGGAAAGGAGGCUUGCAUCUUGCAGAACCUCGACUCGUGGGGUCCGUCCUAG